CAGUCGGCCUGCUUAGCUGCUGAGUGUGCAAGGCUGCUGGGUAAAUGGCGUGGCCCAGACCCUAUAAAAACACCAGCGAGGGUCUCUACCCCGUCAUUGAUUUUACUGGAUCUGUCCCACUUGAGUACCAUCUAGAGUAACCUUGAAGGGCGCAGAAGCAGCAGCCAUGAACACACAACAGAUGGAGCAGAUGGGCCAGUUCAAGAUUACUGUCUGGGAGGAGGAGAACUUCCAGGGGAAACGUUGUGAGUUCAUGCUGGAGUGCCAGAACAUCAUGGAGAGGGGCUUCAACAAGAUCCGCUCCAUUAAGGUUGAGAACGGGCCCUGGGUGGGGUAUGAGUACCCAGAAUUUCAGGGGCAGCAGUUUAUUCUGGAGAAGGGAGACUAUCCCCGUUACGAGGCCUGGAGCGGGAACAGCAGCUACAGGACCGAGCACAUUCUGUCCUUCAGACCCAUCAAGUGUGCCAACCACAGCGACAGCAAAGUGACUCUGUACGAGUGUGAGGACUUCCAGGGCCGUAAGUUUGAGAUGUGUGACGACUACCCCUCCCUACAGGCCAUGGGCUGGAGCACCAAGGAGGUCCCUUCUAUUAAAGUCAACUCCGGAGCCUGGGUUGCCUACCAGUUCCCCGGUUACCGAGGCUACCAGUACAUUCUGGAGAGAGACAGACACCAAGGCGAGUACAGGAACUACAACGAGUACAGCACUCAGGCUCACACCAACCAGGUGCAGUCCAUUCGUAGGAUCCAGCACUAAGCCUGACUCAACCCUGAAAAACUGACCCCUUUCCUCAUCUCCGACCCGGACUAAACACCAGCACAGAAGUGUAGAUGAACUCAAGUCUUUCUAUCGCGCUGUGAUGCACGUAUGGAUAUCUGAGUGUACUUCUUUUACCGUGCUGAAGCCUGUUUAAGGAAUUAGGAAAUAAAAGAUUUUCUUCAACACUAAA